GUCCCCAUCAUCUGAGGUUUCUUUCCGACCAUCAUGUUGUCUCAACUCUCCAUUGACCCCAUUAGACCUGCAGAAUUCCCUGAUGAUGAAACUAUCCUUGCGCUUGGUCGUCAAGUGCUGGAUACCACCGAGUCUUGGAAAGUAGGCAAGACCUUUUCAAAGGGCACCGUCCAAACACUUUCCCGCGCAAAGGGACCAGGGGACGGAGCCCCUUGGCACUGCAGAGUUUCCAAGCACACCAAGGAGGAUGCGACGUUCGAUGAGUUUUGGAGCAAAAUUGGCGUUAACAAAGCUGAGAACGAGAAGCAGUUCGUCUCUGCGAUCAAGAAAGUGACGCUAGUCAAGCGAAUCUCUGAGACUCAGUCCAUCUGGACUUUGUACUACACUUUCCCUCCCCCUGUCUCUCCGCGUGUUUUCACAGUGUUGCAAACAAUACACUUCUAUGAGUCGGCUCCAAGAAUUGGUAUGGUAGUUUCAAUUCCAGUUGAUUUGUCUGGGCCAGGUGACGAAGAUCUUGCCAAGCUUGAAGAGAAAGGCACGAAGGGACGAUAUGUCUCUGUCGAACGGUUGCUCGAGUUAGAUGACGGCACAGUAGAGUGGCGAAUGGCGACCUCCAGUACACCUGGAGGAAGUAUUCCGAAUUUCGUUACGGAAAGCAGUAUGCCAGGCCAAAUAUCUGCGGUGAAUAUCACAUCGUCUUAUGCACCGUGAAUCAGGACUGAUGACCUUACAGGAUGUUCCUCACUUCUUAAAGUGGUUCCAUACUAUUCGCAAUCAAGGAACUGCAUAACUUGAUAGCUGGAAUUAGAUCGGACAGUAGAUGGGUAUACAUAUACGCGU